AUGUCGCGAUUCAUGGGAGGUCUCAACCGCGAAAUCCAAGACCGUCUAGAAACCCAGCACUAUGUGGAAAUUGAGGAGAUGCUUCACAAAGCAGUCAUGUUCGAACAGCAAAUCAAGAGGAAGAACUCUCGAUCCAGCUACAGCACCGCUAAGACCAGCUACAGCUCAGGUAAGUCAAGUUAUCAAAAGGAGGACAAGCCCGGCUACCGGAAGGACUACAAGCCAUUCGUCAAGCCAAAGCCAUUUGAGUCAGACCCGAAAGGUAAGGGUAAGGAAGUGAUCACGAGGACAAGGGAUAUUCGUUGCUUUAAGUGUCAAGGACUUGGGCAUUACGCAAGCGAAUGUGUCAACAAAAGGAUCAUGGUUCUUAAAGAUAAUGGCGAGGUAGAGUCUGAAGAAGAGCGUUCGGAAAACGACUCUGUGGAAGAGGGUUUGGAAGCCCCAGCUAAAGGAGAGCUGCUUGUUGCUAGGAGAUCGUUGAGUGUUCUAACCAAAUCAGAGGAGCAAGCGCAAAGGGAAAACUUGUUCCACACGCGAUGUAUUGUCAAAGACAAGGUAUGUAGCUUGAUUAUUGAUGGUGGAAGUUGUACUAACGUUGCAAGCAGGACUAUGGUGGAAAAGCUUGGCUUAGAAGUGCUCAAACAUCCAAAACCAUAUGCGCUUCAAUGGCUCAACGAAAAAGGUGAGAUGUCCGUUAAGGAGCAAGUCAAGGUACCGCUUUCUAUUGGUAAGUAUCAGGACGAAAUCAUGUGUGACAUACUUCCGAUGGACGCUAGCCACAUUCUUCUUGGACGUCCAUGGCAAUCAGACCGACAAGUUCACCAUGAUGGCUUCACCAACCGACACACCUUUGAACACAAUGGCCGCAAGACGACUCUCAUUCCCAUGACGCCGCAUGAGGUCUAUCUAGAUCAGCUUAGCAUGAAACAACGAACCGCCAAACAAACUGAACCAACCGAUAACAAGGGUAAGAGCAAGGUAAGUCAUAAUAGUUUGCUAUUUGUUUAUAAAGAAACUCUUGCUUGUUCUACUAACCCCGAACCGGUGCUACCGAGUAAAGUUGAGUUGGUUUUGCAAGAAUAUAAUGAUGUGUUUCCGGAGGAUAAUCCCAUUGGUCUGCCACCAAUCCGAGGGAUCGAGCAUCAAAUCGACUUUGUGCCGGGAGCCGCUUUACCAAACCGACCAGCUUACCGCACCAACCCAACCGAAACCAAGGAGCUUGAAAGACAAGUGAACGAGCUGAUGGACAAAGGACAUAUUCGAGAAAGCAUGAGUCCAUGUGCCGUUCCAGUGUUGCUAGUACCUAAGAAAGAUGGGAGUUGGCGAAUGUGCGUGGACUGCCGAGCCAUCAACAACAUAACGGUUAAGUAUCGCCAUCCUAUCCCUAGAUUAGAUGAUAUGCUUGAUGAAUUGCAUGGUUCUAGCAUCUUUUCUAAGAUUGAUCUUAAAAGUGGAUAUCAUCAAAUCCGUAUGAAAGAAGGUGAUGAGUGGAAAACAACUUUUAAGACAAAACAAGGGUUAUAUGAAUGGUUAGUCAUGCCGUUUGGUUUAACUAAUGUNAAGGCAAUCAGAGAUUGGCCGAGUCCUACCAAUGUGAGC